GACAAAGAGGAUGAGGCUAUAAAUUUGUUUUCCGCGGCCGAAGAAGAAUAAGAAACCGUCUGCAGCGGCGGCGGGGAAGAAAUAGGGUCCUGUUUGGCAUUGCUUAUUCAACAAGAUGCCGUUGGCUCAAGACCCUUUCUAUAUCGUGAAGGAGGAUAUUCAACAAUCUAUUGACAAGCUGUUGUCUACAUUUCAUCAAUGGGAGCGCAUUCCCGGUAGUAGUGUAGAGUAUCAACGUCUCAUUAAGGAGCUUCUUGCUGCAUGUGAGAGCGUUUCGUGGCAGGUGGAUGAAUUGGACAAGACAAUCACAGUUGCCUCAAAAGAUCCUGCUUGGUAUGGUAUUAAUGAAACGGAGCUUGAAAAAAGAAGAAGAUGGACCAGCACUGCACACAACCAGGUGGGGAAUGUGAAGAAAGCAGUACUAGCCGGACAAAAUUCAUAUGGUUUGAGUGUUAUUGAAAUGCGAAAAGAGUUGAUGGCACAGCCAAAUUCUCAUCAGGCAGAUAAACUGAACAAGUACACUACCCCAAAUAAUGAUGAUUUUAUAUCAUCUGAAUCUGAUAGACAGUUACUUCUCAUAAAGCAGCAGGAUGAUGAGCUAGAUGAGCUUAGUGCUAGUGUAAGAAGAAUUGGCGGUGUUGGGCUGACUAUACAUGAUGAACUUCUUUCACAGGAGAAGCUGAUUGAUGAACUCGGCGUGGAGAUGGAUAGCACAUCUACUCGUCUUGAUUUUGUUCAGAAAAGAGUUGCUAUGGUAAUGAAGAAGGCCAGUGUCAAGGGCGUGGGAAUGCAAUGCAAUGAUCCAGGAAGCAUUUUUUAUGUGAGUAUGCUUAGCAUUUUGUCUGGGGUUCAAGGAUCUUGCGUGGAAAUUGGAUUAGGUGCUUCUGAUUCAUGGACCAUGCCUUUAGACCAGCAAGUUGAAAUUGCUUGUGCUAAGGUUAGAGGAAUGCUACAACUUCAACAAGGUUACAAUCUAGUUGGUCUCUCCCAGGGAAACAUAAUAGGCCGAGGCAUGAUUGAAUUAUGUGACAAUUUACCUCCGAAUUUCAUCUCAAUAGCUGGGCCUAAUGCUGGAGUUUCUUCACUUCCUCUUUGCACCGUUGGGCCUCGGUGUGGUGCUUUGAGUUACUUGUAUAAAAUGGGAGUCUACUCCGGACUUGUUCAAGACCGCUUGGCUCCGAGUGGUUAUGUUAGGCUUGCAAAUGAUAUUCCGGGAUACUUGGAAGGAUGCAAGUUUUUGCCAAAGAUAAACAAUGAAAUCCCAAGCUCAAACAAUACCCUCCACAAGCAGAGAUUCAGCAGCUUGCAAAAUCUUGUCCUCAUCAUGUUCGAAAGCGACAGCGUUGUCAUCCCGGCAUUAAGCUCUUGGUUCGGCUUCUAUCAAGACGGAGAUUCUACAACAGUGUUGCCUCCGCAACAAACAAGAUUGUACAAAGAGGAUUUAUUUGGGUUGAAAACAUUGGAUGAAGCUGGGAAGGUGAAAAAUUUUAUAUCAAUAGGAGGUCCUAAUGCUGGGGUUGCUUCACUUCCUUCUUGCGCUACUCACUUUGCUCCUAGUGGUUAUACUAAGCUUCCAAAUAAGUUUCCAUGGUGUGGUGCAAUUGGUAAGUACUAUGGCAUGGGAGUAUAUAAUGACUUUACCCAGGAUCAUCUGGCUCCUAGUGGCUAUAUCAAGAUUCCAACCGACAUCCAGGCUUACUACAAAAAGUGCAAAUAUCUACCCAGGAUAAACAAUGAAGUCCCAGACAAAGGCAGUGCAUCUCGCAAGAAAAAAUUCAGUAGCCUUCAUACUCUUGUUCUUGUCUUGGUAUUUCCACUCUCAUCUUCAACUGCUUUUAUCGUUCUCCAUGGCAUUUCCAUGAUGUGCGCGGAUGCAGGAAGCAUGUAUUACACCAUGACACUUAGCUCCAUGACAAAAGUUAAAGGAUCAUGCGUGUAUAUUAAGGGGAUGGCAGAACUUAAAGAUGGUUACCAUAUGGUUUCUCUCUCCCAGGGAAACAUGGUAGGAAGAGGAGUGAUUGAGUUAUGUGAUGGCCCACCAGUCAAGAAUUUUAUCUCAGUUGGAGGACCAAAUGCAGGGCACUCGUCAACUAUCCCUUGUGGACCUUUUCCCUGGUGUGGUGUAGUAGGGCAAUUUUAUGGAAUGGGAGUAUACACCCCUUAUGUUCAAUUCAUGGCGGACACAAUUAUAAUGCCACAAGAAAGUUCCCAUUUCGGAUAUUACCGGAACGGGGACUUCACCAAACCCGUGCCUAUGCAAGAGACUGAUGUUUACCAGAAGGACAUGUUUGGGUUGCAAACUUUGGAUAAAGCUAAAAAGAUAAAGUUCUUCAAGGUGCCUGGUGCUCACCUUGUCAUAACAGUACCUGAAAUACAGAAGAAUAUUCUCCCAUACAUGACCUAAUUCAUGUCCCAAUUCAACUAAUGUCUACAUAUAAACACGAUUAAUACCUCAAAUACAAUAACAGUUUCCUUUUGGU